UUCAGUGAUAUGUGGGACAGGAACAGUGUUACGUCUGAGAUAGGUUCUCCAACUGACGAGCGGACACAAAACUGGUUGCUUGAGCUUCCAUUUGCGUGGUUUUUUUCUGUGGUGUGCAGCAACCUCCUUCUUUCUUUUUGAUUCUCUUCAUAUUGCAUUCACCAGCAGCCGACUGAAUUACACCACUGGGCAGAGGAUUUUUCUUAUUGCACACACCAGUGUGUCACAGUUAAUGUGAAUGUAAUUUGCCCUUGAAAUCGCAGAGAGUUUCGCAAUUGAAAACGCCAUCUGAAUUAAGUAAUAAUCUUUAGAGCCAAACUGAAUCAGAUGAAGUCAUAAAAAAGACAAUUGAAUCCUGUUCUUAUCCAGCUCAUAUUUUAUUAAAAAAAAAAAAUUCCAGACUUUAUUUGUACUUUAUGACAGCUUAAAUGUCUUUUUAAAUAUUUAAAGAUAUCCUGUUGGUUUAUGUUUCUGUAUGGUUACUUUAAAAACUGGUUCUAAAUUUACUGGUACAUUAAAGUUGUUGUUUUUUUAAAGAAUAAGUCUGGCAGUCUAUAAUUUCGUUUGUGUCAACAAAUUCCAUUAGUCCAUCUCUCAACAAUGUCUGACCUGUCUGCAUGUCUCCGCCCCAAGCCCAUUUGUACCUACUCAAAAUGUUCCUCAAACAGGAGGAAGUAGUGCAUUUGUUGGGGACUAUUUUUAGCCAUGGAUUAAUACACAGUUAGUGCUGAAUAACUACAGCAGCAGGAUGGUGUAUUUUGUAUUCAGUCAGAAUAAACUAAAGUGCCCUGUGAUCAGUGUAAUGAAGGAAUAUGUCGCCCAGUUAAACGAUGUGCAUCAAUGUGUUGAUGACCGAAACCAUAAAUGUUCUGGUCAACUGUGGCCCCUCAGUCAUGUGACUUAUGUGAAUUGCCCUCCCUGCUUCUUCUAAAACAGCAGUGAAAUUGAAAAGUGAAAAGAAAGCUGAAGUGAAACCGCAGCCUGUUUUCUGUCUGGUUUGUUUUCAGUGGACUGUGCCCAGUUCACAAACAACGCUUUAUUUUCUGACGGAGACAAGUGUCUCCUGUUUUUCUCUCUUUAAUGCACGCUUUAAAAAAUCUGUGAUGUCAGACUGUGAUUCUUCCUGCCAUCAUCAGAACAACAGCACGAAUAACCACCUCUGUGAAGGAUGUGAGGGUUCAGAGGAUGGAGGCAGGAGGCUGAAGAGGAGAGAGAAGAACAGAGUUGCAGCCCAGAAGAGCCGGAAGAGGCAAACACAGAGAGCGGACCUUCUGCAUGAGGCCUGUGAGCUUUUGGAGCAGAGGAACAGAAAGCUGAGGAGAGAGGUGGAUUCUCUGUCUGAGGAGCAGCGUCUGCUGACCGAGGCUCUCAGGACCCAUGAGCCCUUCUGUCCCGUCAUGCACUGCUCCUUUGCUUCCUCCACCUCGUGCAGCCUGCAGCCUGACGUCAUGGCAGCCCGGUCCGUCUGAAGCGAGCGAUAUCUGUUUCUGAUCAGUGAUCAAAGUAACUUGUUGUCUGAAGCCAUAGCCAUAGUGUAACGCACCAGUGAACCACUAGAGUGCGCUGUUCACCACAAUCAGAGACAAAGUGGUGAUUCAACUGGUGUGAGGUGCUGUCACAGGGAAGAGUGUCAUCUGGUGGUUAAACCUUUCAUGCAGCAGCUCAUGGCAUUACUCAUACACGAGGAUUAGGAGGUUAAAAGAGUCAAACAUUAAGUUCAAACUGUUGAAUGUUAUUCUCCAUCUACUAGUCCUGUUAUUCUAUUAAGUUUUUCUGUGCUGUAGGCUAUGAGUGCAUGACUUUCAUUCUAGUCAAAAAUGUAAAAAAGAACCAAAUACAUACAUUAAAAUAAAACCAAAGUCAAUCAA